GCUCCAGCCAUGACAAUAACGUGUGAAGGUGGGCCCAGGGCCAGCGGUCUGUGUGUGUGUUCAGGCCUGUGGAGGCGACGGUCUCUCCUCCUGCUCUACGUGGUCUUGGAGCUGGUUGUGGUCCACUCCGCCGCGGUCCUGGGAGCUCUGGAGCUCCAGCUGGACGAGGAGCAGCCAGCAGGGACCAUCGUAGGGGACAUCAGUGCUGGGUUACCCCCCGGCGUCACCGCCUCGCUGUACUUCAUCUCUGACCACGAGGGGACGGGGGUGGGCAGCGACCUCCACAUCGACGAGACCUCUGGGAUCAUCACCACGGCACGCCGCCUCGACCGCGAGCAGAGGGACCACUACAGCUUCAUCGCCGUCACCAUGACCGGGGUCACAGUCGAGGUGUCCGUCACGGUCAACGACAUCAACGACCACGCGCCGGCGUUCCCCACGCCCAGGGUGUUGCUAAAGGUCCCGGAGCAGACGGUGGUGGGAACUCGUUUCUCCCUGGAACCCGCAUCGGACACGGACCGCGAUCAGCUGACCACCCAGGGAUAUAUGAUUAAGGAGGGCAACGUGGGACAGGCCUUCAGGCUGGAGACCAAGAGGGCUGCUAACAAGGUGUUAUACCUGGACCUGGUGGUGAACGGUGUUCUGGACAGGGAGAAGAGGUCCUCAUACAGCCUGGUCCUGGAGGCCUUUGAUGGGGGGAGUCCCAGACGCACCGGCCUGAUGACCGUGGAGGUGUCUGUCACUGACAUCAACGACCACGCCCCCGUCUUCAACCAGAGCAGAUACCAUGCCAUCAUCUCUGAGAGUUUACCACAGGGAAGCAACAUACUGCAGGUGUUUGCGUCCGACGCUGACGAGGGAGAUAAUGGUCUGGUUCUGUAUGAGAUUAGCCGUCGCCAGAGCGACCCUGACCGCUACUUCGUCGUGGAUACAAAGUCAGGGGUCAUCACUCUGAACCGGCCGCUGGAUUACGAGCUGAAAAGAGUCCACGAGCUGGUCGUCCAGGCGACAGACAACGCCAGCCACCCUGAGGUGACAAAUGCAUUCGUCACCAUCCACGUCCGAGACUACAACGACAACCAACCCACUAUGACCAUCAUCUUCCUCAGCGAAGACGGCUCUCCGCGCGUCUCCGAGGGCGCCCAGCCCGGCCAGUACGUGGCGCGCAUCUCGGUCACCGACCCCGACUUCGGAGAAUACGCUAACGUUAACGUUUCGCUAGAGGGAGGGGACGGGAAGUUCGCCCUGACCACCAAGGACAGUAUUAUCUAUCUGAUCUGUGUGGACCAGGAGUUGGACCGCGAGGAGAGGGACGCGUACGAGCUGAGAGUGAUGGCUACAGACGCAGGCACCCCUCCACUAAGAGCCGAGUCCUCCUUUACGAUCCAGGUCACUGACGUUAACGAUAAUCCUCCACUCUUUGACCAGCAGACAUACAAACAUACCAUCCCCGAGGUCGUCUUCCCAGGGUCCUUUGUGCUCCAGGUGACGGCCCGGGACAAGGACCAGGGUCCCAAUGGGGAUGUCCGAUACAGCCUCCUCAAUGACAAGAAGAGCCACUCUGAUUGGUUCUCCAUUGACCCGUUAACAGGGAUCAUCACCACGGCGAAGGUGCUGGAUUAUGAGUCGGAGCCAGCGCCCAGCGUCACAGUAGUUGCCACGGACAACGGACAGCCUCCCCAGUCGUCGACGGCGAGGGUUGCUGUGGUGCUGCAGGAUGUAAACGAUAACGAGCCAGUGUUCUCUAGUAACUUCUACAACGUGACGAUCAAGGAGAACAACGGAGACAGGACCUGCUUCUUAGAGAGUUGA